CUACGUAACUUUACCGAAAGAACCAUAGAAUAUUAAUUAAUGCAGUCACGAAAGUUUUAAGUCAAAAUGUGAAUUCGGCUGAAAUGUUAAUAUUUAAAAAAACUAAAACUUAAGUUUCGAUGACAAUUGGGAUCAUUGCUUCGGGAUCAGAGAGAGAUAAGCAGUAUACUCUAAAUGCAUCUUAAGCCCUGAUUAAAACUAGCAAGGGUCACAGCAAUUUGAGCACUCGCCUUGUAUGAACGUUUAGAAUUUGAAUUCUGGUCAUCCUGUGAUGACCAGGACGUUAAUAGGCACGUAACAAUCCGCCCCCGCAUAAAUGUGAUUGUCCUCAUUUAAGAGGAGUGCAAUUCGAUUUGAGGAUUCGUUUUAGUCUCAAUUGCAUUUUGUCAUUUCUGAUUUAUUCAUAGUGUUACCAUUACCCUGAAUCGAAUAUGAGUAUCAUUUGUUCAGCUUCAAUUCUGACGUGAUAUGAUGCACGUGGUGUGAGUAAUACGUUUGACAUAUUAAUGAUUCUGCACCCCGAGGUAACUGGUUAACAUGGUGAGCCUGGAUCCUGCCAUAGGAAUGUGAAAUUGCCACCAUUUACUACAAACUGACCACCAAUGGAAAUCAAAUGAAUGUUUAUUACAUCACUUGAACUUUUGAACUCAAAGUGACUGAAGCUUAUGUUAAUUGACAUUUUUUUUUCCUAAAUAAGGCUUCAAAUUGUCUGGCAUUUGAUAUUUUAGCCCAUCUAAGGAGUAAACUUGGCUGUGUCAAAUUGGUGGCAUGACGACAGUCCUGACAAGCUCGGAACAACAACUUACAUUUCAAAUCCCAUACCCAUAAGCACAGGUGUGUGUGUGACGCUUCUCGAAAAACAGGUAACUUCCUCAUUCACUCUCAUGUUGUAUUGUCGCCUAGCAACAUUAACAGCUCAGUGUAUUGAGACUUCUUUGCUAGGAAGCGGAGAAUUAAAGCGGUCAGUUCGCCUCAACGCCAGAUUAAAACGCAUCUCAAGACAUGGGAGGGAAUGCAUCAGGCAGCGCUCCCAACGUGAUGAACAUCGACACAUCUGGAGCCUCUGCAUCCACAGCGAGACAAGAUAGACUGGAAAUCACUGGAGUGGAGGCCUCUCGUGAUAUGGUCCAAACUGACGACGCUCGUCUGCAGAGCAACAAGGACGCCAUUAUGGAGGCGUCCGCCAAAACGGGCGUGGACCCCUCUGUGCUGACCACUGUCACGUCCCGCGAGUCCCGUGGUGAGGCCCUCCUUCAAGACGGCUCGGGCGACAAGGGAAACGCGUUAGGGCUCAUGCAGGUUGACAAGCGUUUCCACGAGCCACAAGGGGCAUCGAACAGCGCGGAGCACAUCACGCAAGGUGCAGAAAUCCUAAGCAACAACAUCAACACAGAUGCAGACGAAAUUCCCAGACUGGACUCCAGAACAGCAUCUGUAAGAGAAUGUGCGGAUCUAUGCCAGGAUGGACAAGGGCACUGCAGGAAAUGACUCUGUCGAUGACGUGGCAGCUGGUGCCCAGUGCAACUGUGUCCCAGGAACGCCAGCACUCUUUCCCAAGUGACAGUGACUCUGCACUUGUCAGAAAGCCUAGCGAUACAGGUUGGGGGUUCAAUGCCAGGGCACUGCGAGAUGCACCCACUUGGAUCAUGAUCCAUCUCCAUCCUCAACCCACCUCAGCGCCAUUUGUAAUUUGAAUGGGCAUUAUCCAUUGAUUCAGUAAAUAAAAUCCUAAAUCAAUUUAACUAGCAGUCAGCACAAUUCAUACCUAUAAAUAAUAUAUAUUCACAUUUCAGGGUUACGUAUUAUCGAGACGGGACGCCAGAUGUGCUGCCUGAAGAAAAAUAAAUUGUAUUCAUGAAUAGCCCAGAAUUAGUCACAAAUUGGACCAAAGGUCUCACUUCAAUGAUAUAGUUUUGAUAGCCAUAGGCUGACAGAGAAAUAUUCCCAGACUUGGGUCUGCAGAAAUGGUGGUAACCCUACCACCCAUAUGUCCCACUCCAUUCAUUCAUAUGCCAAGUCACUCAAGUAACUCAACCACCCAUUCACUCAACCACUCACCCACCAACUGACGUUUAUUUGAUUGGUCAUACGGGGUGGUCACGUUUGUCCAGCUGUCUGGCUUUUUUAAAAGGGAGAUCCGUGGUGCGUGAGCACGGGAGGAACAAAACAAAGACAAAAUUAAACGUCAGUAUUGCAGAGAACGAGUACAACUUUGGUGGCCACCUGUCUGAGAUUGACUUAAUGUGGGGACUGGUGUUUUAGCGGCAGCAAUUUGUUUGUACAGAGAUCUUGUGGUUCUGUACAUUACUGUGUUGUGGUGAAAGUUAUUACAAUAUACGGCACAGUUUUGAUAGACCAAGUGCUGAGACAUAUGUUCUGAUUUGGUCUGUGAAAAGUGUGCAGAGUAAACCCUACGUGUAAUACAAUGAGAUGCAGGCAGUUACAGUACGGAUAAUCGAGGGCAUUUGCCAUACAUUUUGUGCCAUGCAUUGAGUAACUACCAUCAUACAACACGGUGAAAUACUCUGUAUCAAGAGCGACCACAACUCGACACAAUGCAGUGAAUCGAGUGAGUCCAUGAAUCUUUCGAGUCAGGUGACUUCACAGUACAGUACAAGGUGGACGAGUUGGGGGACUGUUACGGUGAUAAAGAAAUGUAAUGCAUCGGGAAACGUAAUUGUGCUGCUUGAAUAUUAAAUCAAUCCAUCCAUCACGCGUGUGCAGUUGUACACAAUGAGCAUGACAUACCUGGGGCAAGGGGACGGAUGAAGAACGUAUGGCGACCAGACGCAUCAUCGCACACCACACCUGCAACCUAUCAGGUUGCAGACAAAAUCAAACAGGACUUUAUUACUGGCAGUGGAAAUAUGCAUCAAUUCAUUAAUGUGAAUUUCCGAAGCCUCGCAAUACGCGCGCACAUUAUGAAAGAGAUGUGGAAAUGUAACGUUUCGAAGAACGGGAGUGAAAAAAAUUGCUACCACCAAUCAGAAUCAGACUGAGAAUUGUAUUUAUCGUGGAGGAAUCCGAUCAGCUAUGAAGCUCUUUUCACUCAUGUCCAGUAGUUUCACAGAAGUUCGAUAGAGAGAGAGGGAGAUAGAAACAUUAAACAACACGAGAGAGACCGUAACAUCAAAGCAAAUGAUCAUUGCAUCGAAUCACGAUCCAGAAUCGUGAUCAUCAAAUUGCUGGGUGUUAAUUGUUCAAAGUGGUUUCCUGGUCUAAUGAGCUUUGAGAUGGUGAUAAUCUCCCGUUUACAGCCCUUGGCCAGUAGUGGAAAUUACACUCCUCUGGUCGGGGAGAAUCUACCCAUAGAUUAACCACCGCUGAUAAACCCACAGCGCGGUACCUGUUUUAUCGACUCCGGAGGUAUGAUGGGCUAAGUCAACUCCCAACUUGGAUUUGAACUCGCAUCAUUCCGAAUACAAGCCGCUCGCUGUACCGCUGAGCCUGGUUAAACAAAUCGUGACUUUUUUUUGUAGUCGCUUUAAAACUGGAGAGACGAAGGCGAUCGGGCGUGGUGCUGGCCACACACCCCUUCGUGUGCCACAGUGCCGGCCUUCAUAGGUGCUCGCGAACAGCACUUGCCCCAAAAGUCUGUUAAAGGCUAUACGGAAGAUCUUGUUCUUUGUACACUACACAGCAUCCACCAGCUCUGAUGUGUCUAAAAAUACCGUAUACAGAGGCACAGCAUCCUCCAUCCCUGGUGUUUUGUGUACUCAGAAUAUAAGAAAGGAACACUUUCCCUCCUCAUCGGAUCAGAUAAGAGCAUUGACAUUGAAGGUCAACUGAGUUGACCUUGGAAACGGAUACAUUGACCGUUCCAGAACCUUGGCCAGACAUUCACGUGCAUGUUCCGGGAAAGUCCCAAACUUCCCGGGCGGCUAUUUUUCAGCGCAAGGAAAGUCUCAAGGGUGGCAUUUGGGAAAUUCCCAGACAUACCCAGGACAAACAACCAAUCAGAACAAAAUACAAAUUAUUACAUGCGUCAAUAAAAAAAACACAAGGCAAAUAUAAUUCGGAUGAAAGACAGUGGCAUUCCUCUUUCACUUCAACAAGUAGUGUGUGGCAAAAAAUCGAGAGCGCCACAGUGGCGAGAUGUUAACUGCCUUGCCUGGUAUGCAGGAUGCACGUGGGUUCGAUCCCGACC